AUGGGUCCUGAAGAAACUAAGGAGUUUCAAAGAUUAGAUGAUAUGCUUGAUGAACUUGACGAUGCUAUCAUUUUUACUAAAAUUGAUUUGAGAAGUGGCUAUCAUCAAAUUAGGAUGAAAAAGGGAGAUGGUCGAAACAUGCAUGAGCAUAUGGAGCAUCUUAGAUUGGUACUUGAGACACUUCGAAAGGCAAGCCUCUAUGCUAAUGUCAAGAAGUGCACUUUCUGUACUAAUGAACUUGUGUUUUUAGGCUAUGUUGUGAGUUCACAAGGAAUUGGAGCUGUACUCAUGCAAGACAAGAGACCUUAUGCAUAUUUUAGUGAGAAAAUGGGAGGUGCUGCAUUGAACUACCCUACAUAUGACAAGGAGUUGUACGCAUUGUACAAAACUAGCAAAACGAAUGUGGUAGUUGAUGCACUAUCUCGUAGACAUUCCUUGCUCAUUUUUCUUGAUGCUAAGUUGCUUGAUUUUGAAAUAAUCAACGAGCUUUAUGCACAUGAUCUUGAUUUUGGUGAAAUAUUUACAUCCUAUACUAAGAACCCGCAUGAAAAAUACUUCUUGCAUGGCGAAUUUUUGCUCUAUGUGGACAAGUUGUGUGUGCCUAAUUCGUCCAUUCGUGAUCUCUUGGUUAGAGAGGCACAUGGUGGUGGCCUCAUGGGACAUUUUGGCAUUGUUAAGACCUUAGAAAUGUUGAAAGAGCACUUUUACUGA